UCUGCAGGGUCAUGGAGGCUGAGAAAUGCUGCAGGAAGAGAUGUAGGCCAGAGCUUGGGCCAAGCUACCAGCGUGGGCGCAGGGCUGGCCAGCAUUUGUUCUCGCUAGAAGCCCCUCUCCCAGAGCCUGGUGCUCCAGACAGCCGGGCGGCAGCAGAGCACCUGUCCCCAGUGCCAUGACACGAGAUGGGCAGUUCCGGGAGGAGCUGGGCUAUGACCGGGUGCCCACACUGGAGCGGGGGCGGCCGGAUGUGGGGCGACAGGACCCAGGUGGCUUCAGCGCUGACACGAAGCCCAAGGACCUCCAGCUGUCAAAGAGGCUGCCCCCGUGCCUCAGCUACAAGACCUGGGUGUUCUCUGUACUGAUGGGGAGCUGCCUCCUGGUGACCUCAGGCUUCUCGCUGUAUCUGGGCAACGUGUUUCCCUCUGAGAUGGACUACCUGCGCUGCGCAGCUGGCUCGUGUCUCCCUUCGGCGAUUGUGAGCUUUGCUGUUUCCAGGAGCAACAUGAAUGUGAUUCCCAACUUUCAGAUAUUGUUUGUUUCCACAUUCGCCGUCACCACUACCUGCUUGAUUUGGUUUGGAUGCAAACUCAUUCUGAACCCAUCGGCAAUAAACAUAAACUUCAACCUCAUCCUGCUCCUUCUGCUGGAGCUUCUCAUGGCGGCCACUGUCAUCAUCUCAGCACGCUCAAGUGAGGAGCCCUGCGGGAAGAAGAAGGGCUCUGUCUCUGACAGCACCCAUACUUUGGAUGAAGUGGCCUUUCCUGCUCGGCUUCUGAAGUCCUACUCUGUGGUCGAGGUGAUUGCUGGCAUCUCUGCUGUCCUCGGUGGGGUCAUCGCCCUGAAUGUGGACAAUGCUGUCUCAGGCCCACACCUCUCAGUGACCUUCUUUUGGAUCUUGGUGGCCUGCUUUCCGAGUGCCAUCGCCAGCCAUGUGGCAGCAGAGUGUCCCAGCAGGUGUCUGGUGGAGGUGCUGAUCGCUAUCAGCAGCCUCACAUCCCCGCUGCUGUUCACGGCCUCUGGGUACCUGUCCUUCAGCGUGAUGAGAGUGGUGGAGAUUUUCAAAGACUACCCACCAGCCAUCAAAGCCUACGAUGUGCUGCUGCUGCUGCUGCUGCUGGUGCUGCUCCUGCAGGGCGGCCUCAACACGGGCACCGCUGUGCUAUGUGUGAGCUUCAAGGCCAGUGCCAGGCUGCAGGGCCUGCCCUGGGAGGCCCCGGCCAGCCCACAGGAGCGCCCCACAGGGGAGGUGGCCAGAAGCCCCCUGAAGGAGUUUGACAAAGAAAAAGCCUGGCGAGCUGUAGUGGUGCAGAUGGCCCAGUGACUGCAGGACGGGGAAGAUCUGUGUGUGGCGUGCGCCCGGCCCGCAGCGCAUUCAGCCUACAGACUCAGUCCUACAGCCCCUCCUUUCUAACACGUCCUCCUCCUCCCUUUAGGGCAGCCCAGGUUGUGAGGGGGCCUUGUUUCUUACCAUAGUUUAACUUUGAAAUAGGCAAAUGGCGAUGGUUCUUUGUCUCGUUGGGUAGAGCUCAAACUCCAGGUGGCCUCACUGCAU